UCGACGACAACAACUCAACGCCUAGCUGACCGACAUGUUCCCCUCCGUCGCUCUGCUUUCGCUCUCCUUCCUUGCGAUCACCUACGGUCAGCAAGUCGGCACUCUCACCGCCGAGACCCAUCCCAAGCUGAGCAUCUCGCAAUGCUCCACCGGUGGUAGCUGCGAGACCCUGCAGAGAUCGGUCGUGCUCGAUUCAAACUGGCGUUGGCUCCAUUCGACCAGCAGCAGCACUAAUUGCUACACGGGCAACACUUGGGACGCUUCACUGUGCCCCGACCCUGUCACUUGCGCGCAGAACUGCGCUCUCGACGGUGCAGACUAUGCUGGCACCUACGGUAUCACCACCAACGGCAACUCCCUCAGUCUCAAAUUCGUGACCCAGUCGGCCCAGAAGAAUGUCGGCUCCCGCGUCUACCUUCUCUCGGAAGACGACACUACCUAUGAGAUGUUCAACCUCAAGAAUCAGGAGUUCACGUUCGACGUCGACAUGUCCCAGCUCCCCUGCGGUCUCAAUGGCGCGCUCUACUUCGUCGAGAUGGACUCCGACGGUGGAAAGUCCCGCUUCCCCAACAACAAGGCUGGUUCUGCCUACGGUACGGGUUACUGUGAUACCCAGUGCCCGCACGACAUCAAGUUUAUCAACGGCGAGGCCAACAUCCUCAACUGGACCGGCUCGGCUAACGACCCGAACGCGGGUACUGGUCAAUACGGAACGUGCUGUAACGAGAUGGACGUCUGGGAGGCCAACUCGAACGGUGCCGCCGUGACUCCCCACGUCUGCAACGUCCAGGGCCAGACUCGCUGCUCGGGCACCCAGUGCGGUGAUGGCGACGAGCGCUACGACGGUAUUUGCGACAAGGACGGCUGCGACUUCAACUCCUUCCGCAUGGGCGACCAGACGUUCCUUGGUGUAGGCAAGACCGUCGACACCUCCUCCAAGUUCACCGUCGUCACCCAGUUCCUGACCUCGGAUAACACCACCUCCGGCACCCUCUCCGAGAUCCGUCGCCUCUACGUUCAGAACGGGAAGGUCAUCGCGAACUCGAAGGCGAGCAUCGCGGGCUUGGACGCGUACGACUCCAUCACCGACGACUUCUGCAACGCGCAGAAGACGGCGUUCGGCGACACCAACUCGUUCGAGAACCUCGGCGGUCUCCCCGUCAUGGGCGACGCCUUCGCCCAGGGUAUGGCCUUGGUCAUGUCCAUCUGGGACGACUACGCGGCCCAGAUGCUCUGGCUCGACUCUGACUACCCCACCGACGCCGACCCGUCCCAGCCGGGUGUCGCUCGUGGCCCUUGCCCCACGACCUCCGGUGUCCCCUCAGACGUCGAGUCGCAGAGCCCCGACGCGACCGUCAUCUUCUCCAACAUCAAGUUCGGUCCCAUCGGCUCGACCUACACUUCCUAAGUGAGUGCUUUGCGCAGAUCGACCACUUGAUCGACAAUUGACUUCACCCAAGGCGUAGUGUGCAGUGGGGCGAGUCGUCCGCGGCCGCAAAAGUGUCUAGCCUCUCGAUGUCUAUAGUGUCUGUACGUGCUGGGAUAAAUGACAAAUACUUUUC